AUGUCAAGCAACACGCAUCAACAAGAAAAUGACAAGUACGAUUUACCUACACCAUCGGAUCCAGAGGUAAAAUACACUCAAGUUAGUACCCAAAAUAUGGGUAUUACUUCUGUCCGCCAUUUUAAGGCUAGCUACACGGACGAAAAUCCUACAGGAUCUCGAAUUAUUAUAGCCAUGCACGGAUGCCCUGGAAACCAUUAUGACUUUCGUUAUCUUGCUCCUCCGUUAGUUCAAAAAGGAUUUAGAGUGAUAAGGAUCAACCUUCCUGGAUUUGGAGAGACAGAAAAGCCAGAUGAUCUCCAAUAUAACCCCAUGAACCUGGUCCAUUUUGUGGUGAACUUUUUGUCUAGUUUGAAUAUUGACAAGGUUGAUAUGGCAAUUGCACAUAGCUUUUCAUGCACAGUUAUUUCCAACCUACUUGUUACACAUCCAAACUUGGUUUUAAGUCUUGGGCUGAUAUCUGGCCCUGGCCUAAGACCUCACCACUCUAUAAGUCCAUUUUCAGUGGUGAAAUUAUUAUCCUACUUACUCCAUUUCUGCUGGUUAACCAAAGUCAUAAUUGGAAUGAUUUUGCCUUACUUUUAUCGCAUGCUUGGAUUUAAAGUGAGCAGAUUCGUCAAAGGUGAAAUCGAGCAUACUCAAGAUAUAGUUGCCAGUCUUGAUUUUGCACUACACACCAAGAAUUUACAAUGCAUUCGUGAUCGAAAUGCUCCUGUUAUCUUGGCUUACGGGAAGAAUGAUGCACUUAUCGAAAAUGCGAUAUUUAGUGGAAUUGGUCAAACUUUAGGAUUAAAAACCAUGAAGGAAUUAGCAGAGAUUAGUGAUGGACAAGUCGUAGAAAAUGAUGCCGUACUAUAUGAACUACGAACACGUCAAUCACGGCAAAUUGUAUUUAGGAAUGGUGGGCACUACGUUCAAAAAUUCCACGCGAAAUAUAUUGCCGAAAUGAUUUCACAAGUUUUAAAUAGUAGUAAUGUAACUGCGUCAUUAUAA